AUGAAAAUAACAAAGAUGGCCGAAGAACAGGAGGUGAUCCAAAUAGAACUUCUGUGCAAGCAGCUGUAUGAGUCCCAGGAUCCAGCUAUCCGGGACCAGGCUGAGAUUGCUGUCGUCAGAUUCCAGGAGUCUCCUGACACCCUGAGUAAAUGCCAGGCUUUGCUGGAGAGGUCCAACUCAAGUUACUCCCAGCUGUUAGCAGCUACUACACUCGCCAAGCUUAUUAGCAGGUCUACCACAAGUUUCACAGUGCAGCAACGUCUGGAUAUACGCAACUAUGUCCUCAACUAUCUCGCUACCCGGCCCAAGCUCGCCAACUUUGUUGUGCAGGCCCUGGUGUCACUUUUCGCGCGUAUCACGAAGCUGGGCUGGUUCGACACCGUCAAAGAGGAGUUUGUGUUUCACAACGUCAUGAACGACGUCUCCAGCUUCCUGCAGGGCCCAGCAGAACUAUGUACAAUUGGUGUACAGCUGUUGUCACAGCUGAUUGUGGAAAUGAACCAGAUGUCGGAUGCGGACGCGAGCCGAUCCAUCAGCAAACACAGGAAGAUUGCAUCCUCCUUUAGAGACACCCAGCUAUUCGAGAUGUUUCGGCUAGCUUGCUCGCUGUUGGGUGCGGCUAGAGGCGAGGCGCUAAGCGAGGCACGCGGCGAGUCACACGCUCUGCUGGCUGCCUUGCUGCGUCUGGCACACAACUGUCUGACCUUUGACUUCAUUGGCACCACUAGCGACGAGUCUUCUGACGAUCUUUGUACAGUACAGAUUCCCACAUCCUGGCGACCGACAUUCCUGGAAGCUGGUACCCUGGAACUGUUCUUCGAACUCUACCACAGCGUGCAAGGCACCAGCGGCAGUCUUGCUCUGGCGUGUCUUGUGCAGCUGGCGUCUGUACGAAGGUCACUCUUCAGUAACAGCGAGCGCGCCAAGUUUCUCAACCGCCUGUGCGCUGGCAUCAUGCGUAUACUGGAGGAUACUCAGGGUCUAUCGGACCCCUUAAACUACCACGAGUUCUGUCGUCUGCUGGCGCGCCUCAAGUCCAACUACCAGCUUGGCGAGCUGGUGGUAGUGGAUGGAUAUCCUCGACUUAUAGAACUGAUCGCCAAGUUUACAGUUCAAAGUUUACAGAUGUGGCAAUUCGCGCCGAACUCAGUCCACUAUCUUCUGUCGCUAUGGCAACGCAUGGUCGCGUCCGUGCCGUACGUCAAAGCGUCCGAGCCGCAUUUGCUGGACGUUUACGCGCCCGGUGUGACCGCGGCCUACGUCGCGUCUAGGUUGGACUCUGUCGCGUUGAUAGUGAGGGAGGGGCUGGAAGAUCCCUUAGACGAAGUUGGAACACUCCAGCAGCAGUUGGAACAGGUGUCGGUGAUAGGGCGGUGCGAGUACGGCAAGACCUGCCAGCUCCUGGUGGCGCACUUCGACCGCGCCGCUGCCAGCUACAGUGUGGAGACCAAUCCGCAGCAGAUACUGCAACUGCAAGGUCAACUAACAUGGCUGGUGUACAUAAUCGGCGCAGCGAUCCUCGGACGUGCUUCGUACAAUACGAGCGAUGAAAACGACGCAAUGGACGGCGAACUGGUCUGCAGGGUGCUUCAGUUGAUGGACUUGACUGAUUCGCGGCUUGCUUCCGGUGGUUGCGAAAAACUUGAGCUUGCAAUGAUGUCGUUCUUCGAAGCGUUCCGCAAGAUCUACGUGGGUGAACAAGUGCAGAAGAAUAGCAAAGUGUAUAGGCGACUCAGCGAGGUGUUCGGCUUUAGUGACGAGAGCCAACUCCUUAGUGUCAUUAUGAGGAAAAUUAUAACAAAUCUGAAGUAUUGGGGUGGUUCGGAGCCCAUAAUAUCGAAGACUUUGGGCCUCCUAAGCGAGCUGAGUGGCGGGUACUCUUGCGUCAGGAAACUAGUCAAAUUGGAAGAGGUGCACGUUAUGUUGACACACCAUACGGCGGAACACUUUCCGUUUCUCGGCAUGGGUGCGAACACGGUAGAGAUGCGAUGUCGGAGCAUGCUGUACACAGCUCUCGGCAGACUGCUGAUGGUGGAGUUGGGAGAGGACGAGGAACGAUUUUACGCGUUUAUGAUGCCGCUCACAGCCGCCUUCGAGAGUAUAAUCGGUCUGCUGAACAACACGGAGAGUCCCAUGUUCGCUUCCGAGGACGCGAAGAAAACGCUCAUAGGCCUCGCGAGGGACCUACGAGGCCUCGCUUUCGCAUUCAACACCAAGACCACUUAUAUGAUGCUGUUUGACUGGAUCUACCCGGUGUACAUGAAGGUGCUCCUGCGCGGUAUAGAGCUGUGGUUCUCCGAGCCGGCAGUCAGCACGCCCGUCCUGAAGCUGGCGGCCGAGCUGGCGCAGAACCGCAACCAGCGGCUGCAGUUCGACGUCAGCUCACCCAACGGGAUACUGCUGUUUCGAGAACUUUCCAACAUCAUCUGCGCAUAUGGCAGCAGAAUCUUGACGAUAGACGUAAGCAAAAAGCAAAUGUACGCGAUGAAACUGAAGGGUAUAUCGCUUUGCUUCACCAUACUGAAGGCGGCGCUGUGCGGGAACUACGCCAACUUCGGUGUCUUCAGGUUAUACGGUGACGAGGCUCUGGAUAACGCGUUGAAUAUGUUCGUCAAAUUGUUGCUUAGUAUACCGCAAAGCGAUUUACUGGACUACCCGAAAUUAUCACAGACGUACUACGUCCUACUAGAAAGAUUGGCACAGGAUCACAUGCCGUUCCUAGCUAACCUACAGCCUGAUGCCACGUUAUACAUACUGUCUUCAAUAUCUGAAGGUCUCACAGCUUUGGAUACGAGCGUGUGUACGGGAUGCUGCGCCACACUGGACCACAUAGUCACAUAUCUAUUCAAGCAGCUAGUGCAAAAAUCAAGUAACAAAGUGUCAAACCCGAGACAUUCGGUACCUGAGACGAGUAACAUGUUUAUAGAAGUUCUACAGAGGCGGCCCGAGAUCAUGCAGCAAUUAUUGGCUACAGUAUUGAACCUCAUAAUGUUCGAAGAGUGCUGCAACCAGUGGUCGAUGUCUAGACCUCUACUGGGUCUAGUUCUGCUCAACGAGGAGCAGUUCGCGCGUCUGAGGGCGGACAUGAUCGCGCAACAGCCGCGCGACAAGCAGGCGCAGCUCGCGCAGUGGUUCAGCGGCCUCAUGGCGGGCAUCGAGCGGAACCUGCUCACCAAGAACCGCGACAGGUUCACACAAAACCUCUCAAUGUUCCGGCGGGACAUCAACGACCUCCUAAAAGGCAGCUCGGGCUAUUCCGGCUCGGUCAACGACAUGAUGACGUCAUAACGCCCUAGUAGUCACCACCCCUCGUCCUAGUGUAAGGCGUCCGUUGAACGAAUGACUGAGUGAAUGUGUAUGAAUUGUUGUUGUUUCGUUUGUGUAUGAGAAUCGGUCAUUGAAUGGAGGCAGGUUAUUGAGUUUUUCAUGUAACUAGUCCUAAGGUUCUAUACAGGGACUGCAUUGAGGCUGCAAGCCGACUGCAUUGAGGCCGCAAGCCGACUGCAUUGAGGCCGCAAGCCGACUGCAUUGAGGCCGCAAGCCGACUGCAUUGAGGCCGCAAGCCGACUGCAUUGAGGCCGCAAGCCGACUGCAUUGAGGCCGCAAGCCGACUGCAUUGAGGCUGCAAGCCAACUGCAAAAUUAGUCCAAAUAUACUGCCCGACUGUAUAGACAUUUAGCUGCUAUCCUUCUGGUAUAAAGUGGCUAACCUCAAAAAAUAGUUUUUGAAUUAUCGCCAAAAGACACGAAAAAUUAGAAAAACUAAUGUUUCAAGAAAAAUACGCCGUGUAGAACAUAAGUUUUCAAAAUUUACAAGUUUUUUUAUUUGUGAAAACUCGAAAAAUACUUUUUGUUGCUGCUUUUGGUACUUUUGUGUGAUAUUAAUCAAUUUCUUCUUUUAGAGUAAAGGAGUUAUUGUUUAAGAUACAUGUAUGUCAAAAUGUAUGACUAUGAAAAACUAAUAAGCCUGCCCUAAUAAUGAUAUUCCAAUUUUUAGACUCUUACUGUUUCUCUCCAUGUUGAAUAACAGUAGAUCUAAUUUAAUAAUUUGAUGCUGACCGCUUCCAAUAGAAUCGCUUCAUUUUUAUAAAUCCUCGCUCAUUGGACGUGAGCUAAAAUGAAGCUAUUCUAUUGCUAGGUUUGAAAAAAUCUCUUAGACAGUGCAAACAACGUGAACAUUGACGUGAUUGGUUGGCGAAUGGCGGGCGCACGCGAUUGGUUGAUCGGUCGGCGCCGGUGCACGUCAUUGGUUGAUAAGUUGACCGUUGCUUCAUGGAUUCGCCAAUUUUCCCACACUUCGCCGCUUACUGUUCAAGUUGUUUGCCGGGCGUUAUACAUUUAAAAUUGUAUUUAAAACGAGUGAAUAAGCAUCUAUGCAAACACGUCCAAUCACAGACCACAUCACCACUUCUCAUCAGGUGUGAUAGUGGUCAAACCUAUGUCUAUAGUGGAUAAAAACUAGCUUAACUGGUUGCAUCGUCUAAAAACCAUUUAAAUUAGAUCGAUUGUACAUAUUUCCUAAUUAUGUAAUAUAAAGGGUGAUAAUUUGAGAUGGAACAGUCAGGGAUAGGUUUUAAUUCUUAAACUUCAAAAUCACAACAUUUUGUAUAUUUUUUAUUUGAAGUAUAUACAUAUUAUCUUUUUUGCAGUACCACUAACUUUUCAGUUAUGUGGGUUUUAAGCAAUUGAAUUUCACUUGCUUUGCACUUGCUCGUUCUCCAUAAUUUUCUCAAAGGUUUGUGAAGUCUCCCAAUCUGUACUUGACCAGUAAACCCUUCUCUUUUGAGAGGAGAUCCGUACUCAGUAGUGGGCUGGCAAUAGGUUCAUGAUAAAGAUAUGUCUUUCAGGUUAGCUUGCUUCCAUCUUAGACUGCAUCAUCACUUCCCAACGGGUGAAACAGCAGUCAAGGGCAAGGUGCAAUUUGUAUCUAAAUAAAAAAGUAUGAUAAAUCAAGUCUAUUUGACUAAAUUUCUGACUGGCCCAUCUCAAAUAACUACCUUUUGUUAGUUUUUAUUGAUAUCACACAAAUCCUUUGUUUUAACUCUACGACAUGUAAAUGUUAUUAUGGAGUUAGUUUUAAGUGUUUUUUCUAAAUUCCUAAAUUGUGGCAAUAUAAAAAUAAUUUCAUUCUUUAUCUGAUCAAAUAACAGAAUCAAACAAGUUGACAUCAUGAAGAGCGGUAAAGAAAUCAUUAUUCUACUAUACUCCAUCCACGGAGAGAAUUUAGUAUAGGGCUUUCUCUUUUACGCAAUCACAUACAAAUGA